GUUGCUGAUAGUUUUUCAUAGGAACCAUAACGUAUGUGAUAUUUCGUGCGGUGCUCGUUUCAAACUUUAUCACUCCUUAUUAGCUAAACCGUAAAAAAAAAUUUUGGUUUCUAGAAAAUUUAGAAAUUUUAAUAUAUUUAGAAUAAGUAUACCAGCGUGCUCGAAACAAUUUUUAUCAUCAAGCGGUGUCCUAUGAAGUUUUAGUAGUGCAUUUCUUCAAGAAAAAGUAAAAAAGUGCAACGAAAUUUUUUUAUUCUCCACGUGUGGAACAAAACAGCGCUAGUUAACAAAGGAAGAAAGUGAAUUUUUGGCAGAGUCCUUCAAAUAAGAAAGGCAAAAAGUAACCACGACGAAGUUAACACAUGCACACAAAUCCACGUAUCCGGCUGUGAAAAGGCAACACUGCAUAUAUACAAACAUAUUUAAAUAACACAACUCAAGAGAGACUACACAACAAAGAGGUAAACAGAGACAGCAGCGCACGCUAUUAAGGCUAAUAACUCUAAACAAAUUAAGACUGGUUCUGUGCUGAUUUAAAGCGUAAACAAGCGCAAACAACAACAAAAUGGUUAAUAUAGCGGACAGCGGCGGCAAACAUGCUCCACAAGAGAUGGAACAAUUCCUGCCCGGCGAUGGCACCAACAACAAAUAUAAAAUCCAGCCACGGAAAGAUGUCGAACAGGCGCUGGCGUCACCCGAUUUCGAUCCGUUCGCCGAACGCAAAGUGGCACAUCCAACCACUGAUAAUGAGACACUCACGCAUUUGCUGAAGGCCUCACUGGGUACUGGCAUUCUCUCCAUGCCGAUCGCCUUCAUGUACUCAGGCAUUGUGCUUGGCAUCUUCGCCACCAUCUUCACAGCUUUCAUCUGUACACACUGCAGUUAUGUGCUGGUGAAAUGCGCCCACAAACUCUACUACAAGUCGCGUCGCACGGAGAUGAGCUUCGCCGAAGUUGCUGAAGUGGCAUUUUUGAAUGGGCCAAAAUGGGCACGUGGUUUUGCGCCAGUUGCCAAAUUUUCCAUACUGUUCGGACUGUUUUUGACCUACUUCGGCACCUGUUCGGUGUAUACCGUUAUUGUGGCGAAGAAUUUCGAACAGGUCAUGGAACAUUGGUUGGGCUAUCAAAUUUCACUGCGCCUGCUCAUCUCCGCACUACUCAUACCGCUAAUUCUACUCUCGUGGAUACCGAAUCUCAAAUACCUCGCACCCGUCUCGAUGGUAGCCAAUUUUUUUAUGGGCGUCGGCUUGGGUAUUACAUUCUACUAUCUCGUCAUUGACUUGCCACCGGUAACAACACGCGAAUUCGCCAAUGUCUCCACCAUACCGGCUUUCUUCGCCAUCACCAUAUUCGCCAUGGAGGCAAUCGGUGUGGUUAUGCCGCUGGAGAAUAACAUGGAGAAACCACGUCACUUCCUCGGCAUUUGCGGCGUGUUGAGUCAGGGCAUGUCUGGUGUGACUUUGAUCUAUAUGGCGCUCGGUUUUCUCGGCUAUCUGCGCUACGGCACAGCAACAGAGGAGAGCAUUACGCUGAAUCUGCCGGUGCAUGAGUGGCCCGCGCAAGCUGUCAAGGUGUUGAUCGCUUUGGCUGUGUACUGUACAUUCGGUCUGCAAUUCUACGUGUGUCUCGAAAUUGUCUGGGAUGGUAUCAAGGAUAAGUGCAAAAAGCGUCCAAUAUUGGUGAAUUAUGUUUUGAGAACCGUUCUCGUCACUGCCGCCGUUGUAUUGGCCGUUUCCGUGCCCACCAUAGCGCCGUUUAUGGGUCUCAUUGGUGCCUUCUGCUUCUCCAUACUUGGUCUCAUAUUCCCCGUUUUUAUCGAGCUCAUCACCCAUUGGGACACCGGUUUCGGUGCCUACAACUGGAUUCUAUGGAAAAAUGUCAUCAUUGGUUUCUGUGGUGUGGCAGCGCUCAUUUUCGGCUCCAUGAGCGCCAUCCAAGACAUUAUCAAAGUGUACUCGAGCGAUCCCAAUGCUAGUGUUAAUAUACAAGAGGCCAUCAACAACAUUACAACAACCAGGCUUUAAGCUACAGUAUACAUAUUAUCAGCAAUCUCCGGCUGUGUGGAGAGUUUUCUUUUUUUUUUUAAGAAAAAGAGCGCGCUUUUGUUGCAUGUAUUCGCACCGCAAAUCACUACGUCACCGCUAUACCGUUGGAUAAUUUAAUUGAAUUUUAAUUAUUUAGUAUAAAGUACAAAAUAAAUAAUGUAUACAUAUUUGUCGCUAGUAGCUCUACAAUGUAUACCACAUAUGUAUUUAGUAUAUAAAAGGUUAUAUGCCUGUAUACAUAUGUAUGUAUAGUUUAGGCAGUGAAAACAAGGUGCAACAUUUUUUUUAGAUUAAAAAGACAACGGAAACGUAUAUUAUGUAUAGAAGUGCCUCUUUCUGUGUCUAAACAACAUUUGUUUUAGUUAUGCACAUACAUACAUAUAUACAAGCAAAUUUUUAGCACUACAUUGCCACUCUGGCAACUGUACUGUAAGUAAUUGUAGUUAAUGAUUUCCGUUUAUUCAAUUUCAAUGCAUCCUAUAUACAUAUAUACAUACAUAUACAUAGUAAACGCUAAGUGAAAUGCUAGAUGCUAGUAGAAUUCCUAAUUUCCAACUAAAUAGUUUUAAUUUUGCUGCAAAUAUAUAUGUAUUGUAUUUGAAAUACAUGUAACAACUACCAAUACAUGUAAUGAUUACUAAUUAUUCAUUAUGUUUUAUUGUUGCAAGUUGCUUUUGUACACUAAAUAAGUAGUAAACUUGAAAGGAAUUGUAUUUUUUAUUGUGUUUUAAAAUAUUUUUUGCUUUGUUUUUGUAAAAUUUCACUAAAUAGUAUUCGAUAUCCGUAAGCCAUCCAUACUAAAUUACUCAGCAUAUAUUUUAUCGAAAUAUUGUAAAAAAAAUAUUUAGUAAUUAAAGUAAAGAAGUGAAAUCUUUUAAAUAUUAAAUAUAUUGCUUUAGGUUGUAUAAGCAAAAAAUUAAAAAAAAACUUAAUAUUAUUUCUGUGUUAAGGGGUUGGACAGACUAGACUCAAAAAAAACAAAAAAAAAUGUUUGGUUUAUUGAGAAGCCCAGUCUUUCAAUAAACCAAACAUUUUUACUUUGGUUUCAAGUACACUUUAUGGUCCAAAUAACCAUAUUCGAUGGGUAGCAUAUUUAUAAAAGAAGCACCAGCUGUUCUGUUGAAUCAUACGGAUUAGUUAGAUUCACCACGAAAAGCUUUCAAUUUUUUCCCGUCGACCAGACCUUUUGUCAAAGCCAAGUCGAUGUCCUUUGUGAAAAAAAGUACUCGGUAGUUGUAAAUAAAACGCAAAAUAUUUAAUUAUUCAUAAAUAUUUAUUUUGGCACCUUCAAGGUAAUUCCCUACCAGAUGUAAUACAUUUCUGCCAAAGAUUUUUCCAGUCCUCGAAACACUUUUCAUAAGCACUUUUUGGCAUGGCCUUCAGCUCCCUCAGCGAAUUUUCUUUAUCUCUUCGAUCGGCUGGAAAUGGGUUCCACGGAGCGUCAAUUUCAGUUUGGGGAACAAGAAAAAGUCACAUGGAGCCAAAUCUGGUGAAUACGGUGGUUGAUCGAUGGUAUUCAUUGCGUUUUUGGCUUUAAAUUCGGUCACAAUCGUACUCUUUUUGAAAACAAAAAAUCAGCUUUAUUGGGAAGAUUCAAGCAAGAACGCAUUUCUUACCCAAAAUAUCAACCCAAAUCCUUCGAAUGGACUUGCAAGAGAUGUCGAGUUCUCUUGCCAUCUCUCUAACACUUGUCGGACGGUUUUCCAGCACCAUAUUCUUCACUUUAUAAUAUUUUCAUCAAUUGAAGAGGUCGAGGGUUGUCCAGAACGAGGCAUAUCUUCAACGAUCUCUCUACUGUCUUUGAAGGCUUUGUACCACUCGUAGGCUUGUGUUUUUGAUAAAACUGAAUCACCAUAAGCCUUUUCCAACAUUCGCAACGAUUCCGCACACGAAAUUUGGUUAGAAAUACAAAAUUUGAGACAAAUUCUUUGUUCGAUAUUUUUAUCCAUUGAACGCAUUACUGAGGUAUACGACUUAAACAGCCGCUGUAAACAAACUGGUUAACAGAUCGCGCUCAUAUUUGGCAUAGUAAUUAAGGACAGUCCUACAAACUUGCAAAAUACAUUUUUUUGAAAAAUCAUUUACCUGGGGAAUUUAAUUACAAAUUCCGGGUGCUUUUUUGUCACAAUAUACAUAUUUGAUAUUAUUUUUAGGGAAAGAAGUGAUUCCGAAGAUUGGCACAGGAGUCGACAUUUAUAUUAGUAUUAAUAAUUUAAACACUCAAAUCCAUGUUGAGUAAUGUUUGAAAAAGAAAAAUUCAAAUCCUUUUUCAUUCAUUACAUCAAGAAUAAACUGUUAACAUUAGAUCUUUUCUGAGUGCUCUAAAGUGGCCUAACCCCUUAACCAGCUUGGAAGAGACCGAGAAUAUUUAGCAGCGCCAAAAAGCAUUGUGGUUAUGAAUAACAUUUUAAACUACGCGUAAUUGUUUGAAACAAUGUGGUGAAUUAAUUCAUACUCAACAAUAUAAUCACAACGAGGUGAAUUCAUAAAUAUUCAACUGUGCCUCAUUUGCAUAUACUAUCUCAUCAAAUUUGACCCGAGCUGACAAAAAUAAAAUAAUAUAUAAAAAAAACUAAAAACAAAUA